ACGAAGUCUGCUGCUUGUUAGAAUUUUAUUCGGACUGCUACAGUGCUCGGAUCCAGGAAAAAAUUGUACCAUUGUGAUCCCCUUAUCCAGCAGCUUCUACUUGAAUUUUUUCAGAAUUUUCUGAGCACUUUGGUUUUUGGAUGCUACUGUUCAUCGUCUUCUUCGUUGAAUAUGACGAAAAAGAACAAACAACAGAGGACCCCACCAGCCAAAGACAAGCUGUUUGAUGACAAGGUUAAAGAUUUGUUGGCCAAAAAAGCAGCAAUUGAGGCGGGGAAAUUGAAAAAAAACGCAGUUAUGAAGGAGGUCGUCCCUUCGUCUGACCCUAUUUUUUCAAACUCCUCUGGAGCAUUUGCCGCGGCACGAAGGCCAACUGUUUCUACUUUGGGUGUGACUUCCACCCUGGGGGUGACUCCCACUCAGCCCGCGGCCUCCGGGGACACAGGGGGGCAUGAAGUUAAUGCCGCGGCAUCCGGGGCAACAGGAGGACAUCAAGACUAUAGCGGGGCAUCCGGGGCUCCUGUGGGACAACAGGUUUAUGCCGCGGCAUCCGGGGCAACAGGAGGACAACACUAUGCCGCGGCACCCGGGGUUUCAGGGGGACAUCAACGUUAUGCCGCGGCAUCCACGAAGGGCAUCGCAUCAGGGGGGUCCUUUGCAGAGAAACUACUGGGGCAGGAUUCCAGCUCCUCUAACGCCGCGGCAUCUAAUGAGCUGUCUUUGGCAAUCAAAACCAAAAUUGUAACGGCUGAUCCCAUUAUUGAAAAUUCUGAUGAAAACAGCCCUAUUGCACAAGAAGAACAUGAGGGAUCCAUCUCCCUUGGGUCUCAAGACACAGAAUCGCUUAUUGAUGGGGAUGAUUUUGAAAAAGAGCCGUUCACCUAUGCUUCUCUAUUCCGGGACAAUAGAGCCCCCUCAAACGGCCUAAAGCUUGAAUAUUUCCCUCCCUCGGGGGAAAAACUAGAUUUUUCUCAUCUUGAGGUGCCCACCCUAAUUGAGAUAUGGGGGUACUGUUUGGUGGGGCAUUUCUCCGGCCGGUUUCCGGGUAUGAAGGAGAUUGUGAUCUGGAUUUCCUUGGAGAUAAUUGCUUGCAGGGUGAUAGGGACUUGGUUUUCUGGGGGGAGGAAGUCUGAUGUGAGGGGGUGUUGAAGAUAUUUUAAUUGUGAAUCAAGUUUGUCAUAGAUUAGCUUUAUUAUUAUUCCUUGUGUUAAAUAAGUGCAUGUAAUAGAUAGAAUAUGGGCCAAGUGUUAGGCCCAUACAAACAGGCUAAAAGCCUUUCACGC